AUGAGCGCCAACACCGAUGCAGCCGCAUCAGGCUCGUCUUCGGCGGCAGCCGAGAUCUACGAGCAGAAGGACGAAGCCUACUUCGGCUACUACAGCAUGCUCUCGCACCAAGCUCAGAUGCUCCAAGAUACUGUUCGCACCACCGCCUACCAACGCGCCAUCCUCAACAACGCUGCGCGCGAUUUUCACGACAAGGUGGUCAUGGACGUCGGAGCGGGGAACGGCAUUCUGAGCUUCUUUUCGGCUCAGGCCGGUGCCAAGAAGGUUUACGCCGUCGAAGCGUCGAACAUGGUCGAAUGCUUGCAGAAGGUGGUUGACGCUGCGAAAGAUCAGAGGGGAGCGCAGGUGGUGGAACAGGAGAAGGAGACGUUGGAGCUGAUGGGAGCAGGGGAUGCAGGGCUGGGUGGGGUAAGUUUUGGUACGACGAAUCCGAACAAACCACGGAAUGCCUGGUUGGCGGAUCGACUCGUUCCGGUACAUUCCAAGGUGGAGGAUGUCAAACCGGAGCAUCUGCAAGGUCACACACAAGUGGACACGAUCGUGUCGGAAUGUUUGGGUGUAUUGCUGGUACACGAACGGAUGUGCGAGAGCUUCUUGGAUGCUCGCGACAAAUACUUGGCACCCGGAGGGUCGGUGUUCCCUUCAGCAGGUACGAUCUGCUUGGCACCAUUCGAGGACAAGCAGCUGUGGAACGACACUGCCAACAAAGCAAAGUGGUGGCUCAACAGCAACUUCUACGGCGUCGACGUCUCACCCUUUGCAGCACUGGCGUUCGAGGAGAACUUUUCCAGCCCUGUCGUUGGUGUUUUCCCGCCUCAGUGCCUGCUCAGCGUAUCGAGCGACUACGUGAUCGACUUUGCCACGAUCAGCAAGUCCGAACUGCAAGAGUUCACCGUUCCCGUCGAGUGGUCCUUCGCCAACGCAGCCAUCGUUCACGGAUUGGGAGGAUGGUUCGAUCUCCACUUCAACUCUCAAUCCCCUACACCGCCUAACGACGCCGACGCUACGAUGGGAGACGCAAAUGCUCCGGCAAUGUCUCUCUCUGCCGCUCUCGACACCAUCAACUCCGCCUCCGCCUCUGCCGCUGCCUCCGCAUCCAACCCAACCUCUAUGGAUGCAGUCCUCACCACACUCCCCACCAUCGACUCGACCACCUCUUCCUCAGCGAACAACUUCAUGACCACAUCCCCCUACGCCGAACCCACGCACUGGCAGCAAGUGCGGUUCCUCCUCCCCGAACCACUGGCCGUCAACCGUGGUCAAAAGAUCUCCGGAAGCGUCCACUGCAAGGUCAACGAUCAACGCUCCUACACCAUGACUGCGACGCUUAGACUGCAGAAUCCUGAUGGAACGGCAUUGGACAGCAAGACGACUUCGCGGAAGGCGGUUUGGAGGUUGGACAGGCAGACGUAUUCUUGGUCGUAA